AUAAAAUUGGCAACACUAGUGGUUAUGGACAAAUGUCCAAUGGCAAAAAGGGAAAUCAGCAAAAUCCAGUACAUUUCCUUUAUUUUUCCAACUACAACAAAAUUACCUCAUUGCUAAAUAGUAUACUUUAGCUGAAAAACAUUCUCAAAUUCUAAAUACUCGACGAAAAAUGACAGGCACAUUUAGCGUCAAGAUAAAAUCAAAUAAAGGCCAAUUUAUUGUGAAGGACUUGACAGCUAAAACAACAAUUGGUGAAUUAAAAUCGAAAGUCUCGCAACUAACUGAAGUGAAGGAACCGCAGCUCAAUAUACUUGCUGGUUACCCGCCACGGCCAUUAGAUCUAUCGCAAAAUGCUUGUUGCAUUACAACAAUAGGCAUUAGCAGUGGCGAGACGCUGAUUGUCGAAGAAAGGCCAGCCACUGUAGCACCCUACUCCUUAGAGGAUGACGAAGCACUUGCGCGCAGAUUGCAGGCCGAAGAAGAAGAGGAGCAGCUGAGACAAGUCGUUGCAGAAGCUACUGCCACAGAAGGUGCAAACGGCCCUCAAGUACCGAUCGAAUUGCCUAGUGGUUCCAGCGGAAAUUUCAAUGGCAUUUUACUCAAGAAGGUUGUACCAGCAGAUAACUCAUGCCUUUUCACCAGCAUACGUUUUGUUCUAAAUGGCAAAAUCGACAAUGAGGGUAGUGAAAUGAUGCGACAUAUCAUAGCUCAAGAAGUAGCAGCUGACCCUCAAGAAUAUAACGACGCUGUAUUGGGAAAAUCAAAUGCUGAAUAUUGCGCCUGGAUACAAAAACCAGAUUCGUGGGGUGGUGCAAUUGAAGUCGCAAUACUCUCUAAUUACUACGGCAUUGAGAUUGAUGUUGUUGAUAUUCAAAAUGCCAUUAUAAAUCGCUUCGGUGAGGAUAAAAAUUAUGGUUUACGGGUCUUCCUACUCUUCGAUGGCAUACAUUACGAUCCACUAUAUAUGGAAACUGUUGGCGGCGGUGCACCAGCUACUAUAUUUCCAAUUGAAGAAAUGGUGGUAUACCGCCAAGCGGAACAGUUAGCUAACGAAGCUAAAUCAUCAAGACAAUUCACAAACGUUGACAAAUUCUCGCUAAGAUGCCUACAAUGUGACGUUAUGUUGGUCGGUCAAGUGCAGGCACAGCAACAUGCCAAAUCAACUGGGCAUACUAACUUUGGUGAAAUUUAAUACGCGGUUAUUUUCAGCUCCCUCUAUUUCUUUGCUUUCUUCGUGUUUGCCUACUAUGUACUCACUUCCUAAGACGUGAGGCACGAAACCAAACAAAGCUCGCGGACAGUGGAUAAGAAGCAAACACAUGGCACUAUACAAUUUCCUUAACACUAAUAUUCAUCCCUGCUGAGUUUGAAGCCACGCUUCGCCGCAUUACACACUUUCAAAGGAAACCCGUUAUUAAAAAUUUCAUUUAAUUUGUUGAUCAAGUAUAAACCUGCGAAAUAUUUAAAAUAUCUUGAAGUAAAUAUAGUUAGUUUGCUUGAUACCAGAA